AACUAAUUGCAUCGACGAAGGCCACUUCCCUCGCCGCCGCCGCCGCGGUUGCCGCCGGCGACCACGUUGCCCCCACGCCGGUGGCGCGAUGGACGUUCCGUUGCCCGGCGGGAGCGUCGACCAGUCGGAGGACUACUCCCCGGCGGCCACCGUGGUCCGCUUCGACCCGCCGCUCCCGCUCCUCCGUGCGCCCGUCCCGUCGUCUGCCGCAUCCGGCGAGCCACCCGUCCUCGCCUUCCGCGACGCCGCGAGCUGGCGCGCCGCGUGGGAGGCCGCCGAGGCCAGCCUCCUGUCGCAAUGCGAGGCUGGGGCACGGUCUGGGUGUUCAAUUACUGCAUCACGCAAAUGCAAGCCACCCUGGUGGAAAGGUUUAUUGGGAGGAGCACCAACUGACUAUCAAGAAAGAGAGAGAUGUGAAGAGCGUGAGAUGGCCGCUUGUCUUGAAGCAGCAAGAGAAGCUUGUGUUAAGUUUGCCAAGGAAAAAUGCAUUGAACCCUUCCGAGAUGCAAGGAUUGCUUCUGAGGGUCUUCUUGAAAAUACAAAGUUCGCCAUCUGGGGUGCUGGUAGUAACAGAACAUCAUCAGCAUCCUUGUGUAUCGCAAACAGUCAGUACCCGUUCAACCCUCGUCCUGGUUCUACGAACUACAAAGGAAGUGAUUUGCUUGAUAGUUUUCCGUCUGAAGACAACAAUAUUAAGGACGAUGACUGAACAACACACCUGCAUUGGUAAGAAAUGGUCUAUAUAUGUUUUCAGAAUUGGAUGCAUUUCAACAAGGGAAUUGCUAGAAGCCUAGAACUAGUGAAAAAUCAAUGGAUUGAAGAACUGAGAUUAAAUAACUGGAGUCCUGAGGAUUUACAGCAAGAUCUGGAAAGAAAGAAAAACUGGACACCCAAGAAUAUGUGCAUGUUAUUUGUAUGACAGUCUUGGUCUGUUUUUUUUACUACGGGGGCAGGCAGGCAGCACAAUAAGCGGAGGAUCGGGCCAUUUUGAUGUCAAUUUGAUUGAAUGGCAGAUCCUUUGGAGCUACGAAAAGCAGAGAAGUACAUUGGUUCCUUGUUUUGACAACAACUCUUCCAACUGUCCUGCCUGUACUAUCUCAUUUCUAAGGAUUUCACUAAGGAAGCAUUAUAAUGUUGUCACGUUCUGCAUUGUAAAUAAAUGCCUGCAGAAGUGUGUCUAGAAUAGUGGCAAAAGAAGUUACCCUCAAAUGACUUGAAAAUUGACUUCUGAGUUCUGACCACCACAAUUUUAGCAGCUAAACUCAUGGCUCUCAAUUGUAAUUAUUUAUGUACCUAAUUCGAUCUGUGCUACUUCCAUUGACUAGUUGCAACAAAUAAACCACACCUUCAUUUCCAAACAGCA